UCUCCCCCCCACCGCCCGCCCCUUUGCCUGUCAGGAUGAGGCGGCCCAGGGCCGGCGGAGGCGUCGGCUGAGGCUCCGGCUCCGCUUUCCCCCGCUCUGGUUUCUGACGUAGCGGACCCGGCCUCGGCGUGACGGGGACCAGCCGGCUCGGCCAUGGCCCAGCCCGGGGCUGCUGCUCCCGCCGCGGCGUCUGAAUCUGCAGACGCACUCCUUCAGCGGGUAGCAGAACUGGAAAAAAUUAAUGCCGAAUUUUUACGCACAAAGCAGCAACUGGAGCAAGAAUUUAAUCAAAAGAGGGCAAAAUUUAAAGAGCUGUACCUGGCGAAGGAAGAGGAUCUGAAAAGGCAAAAUGCAAUUUUGCAGGCUGCCCAGGAUGACCUGGAGCAACUGCGGACGCAGCUCAUGGAUGCCCAGGCCGAAAUGGAGAACAUUAAAGCCAUUGCAACAGUGUCUGAAAACACGAAGCAGGAAGCUAUUGAUGAGGUGAAGAAGCAAUGGCAGGAAGAAGUUGCUUCGCUGCAGGCUAUAAUGAAAGAAACCGUCCGUGACUAUGAACGCCAGUUUCAUCACAGGAUGGAGAAGGAGCGAGCUCAGUGGAACCAGUACCGGGAGAACAUGGAAAGAGAAAUAAUGGAGCUGAGGAGACGGCUUUCAGAAGGUCAGGAAGAGGAAAAUCUCGAAAACGAAAUGAAGAAGGCCCAAGAAGAUGCCGAGAAGCUUCGUUCAGUAGUGAUGCCCAUGGAAAAGGAGAUUGCAACUUUAAAAGAGAAGCUGACAGAGGCGGAAGAAAAGAUAAAGGAGCUGGAGGCCUCAAAGGUUAAAGAACUGAAUCAUUAUUUGGAAGCUGAGAAAUCCUGUAGGACUGAUCUAGAAAUGUACGUGGCUGUUUUGAACACUCAGAAGUCUGUUCUGCAGGAAGAUGCAGAGAAAUUACGGAAGGAGCUUCAUGAAGUCUGUCAUCUGCUAGAACAAGAAAGGCAACAGCACAACCAACUGAAACACACAUGGCAAAAGGCCAAUGACCAGUUCUUAGAGUCUCAGCGCUUGCUGAUGAGGGACAUGCAACGGAUGGAGAUAGUGCUGACUUCAGAACAGCUCCGCCAAGUCGAAGAACUGAAGAAGAAAGAUCAGGAGGAUGAAGAGCAGCGAAGGCUUCAUAAAAGGAAGGAAGACAAACAGAGAGGCGCCAAUGAUGAAUCGAAAACUGUGUGUUCCAUAGCCCAUGAUGAAUCCCUCCCACAGUUCCCUGCUGAAGAGGAGCAUGUAAAUAGCACUCACGGCUCAGUUCACUCGCUCGACACAGACGUGCUGCUGUCCUCAGGAGAAUCUCUCAAGUCAGACAACGACAUGUUUAAAGAAGGGCUCCGAAGGGCACAGUCAACGGACAGCUUGGGGUUGUCGGGGUCCUUACAGUCCAAAACUCUAGGCUACAACAACAAAGCCAAAUCCGCUGGGAACCUUGACGAAUCCGACUUUGGGCCUCUGGUUGGAGCGGACUCCAUGUCUGAGAACUUUGACACGGCUUCCCUUGGUUCUUUGCAAAUGCCCAGCGGGUUUAUGUUAACCAAAGACCAGGAAAAAGCAAUUAAAGCGAUGACGCCGGAGCAGGAAGAGACUGCCUCCCUUCUCUCCAGCAUUACGCAAAGUGUAGAAAGCGCUUACGUCUCACCUAGUGGUUACCGCUUAGUUAGUGAAACGGAAUGGAAUCUCCUUCAGAAAGAGGUGCAAAAUGCAGGGAACAAGCUGGGGAGGCGCUGUGACAUGUGCUCUAAUUACGAGAAGCAAUUGCAAGGAAUCCAGAUUCAGGAGGCUGAAAUGAGGGAUCAGGUAAAGAAGCUUCAGAUGAUGCUGAGACAGGCCAAUGACCAGCUAGAAAAAACAAUGCGGGAGAAGCAGGAGCUGGAGGAACGCAUGAAGCAGAGCACUGAGGAAUCGGAAAGUCAGAUCUCUUCACUUAUCGUAAGAGCUCAGGAGUCCGAGACUUUACUUGGUGAACUACAGCAGGCGUUUUCUCAGGUGAAGAGAGAUGUCCAGGACCAAAUGGCGGUCCUGAUGCAGUCGAGGGAGCGUGUCUCUGAGGAGUUGGUGAGGCUCCAGAAAGACAACGAAAGCCUUCAAGGGAAACAUCGCCUGCAUAUCUCUUUGCAACAGGCCGAAGACUUCACUCCCCCGGAAUCCAGCGAGGAACUUCGUGAACUGGUCCUCAAAUACCGUGAAGAUAUCAUUAGUGUACGGACAGCCGCAGAUCACCUCGAAGAAAAACUGAAGGCGGAAAUUUUGUUCCUGAAAGAACAGAUUCAAGCUGAGCAGUGCUUUAAAGAGAACAUAGAAGAGACGCUGCAGCUAGAAAUAGAGAACUGCAAAGAGGAGAUAGCUGCCGCUUCCAGUCUAAAAGCAGAACUGGAGAGGAUAAAAGCAGAAAAGGAACAGCUGGAGACCACCUUGCAGGAAAAGAUGCAACAAUUGGAAAGCUUGCAAGAAAGGAGAAAUCAACUUGAAGAGCAGUUGAAGAAGGAAAUAGCCGCAAAGGCCCAUCUGGAGCAGCUGAUGUUUGAAGAUAAGAACAAAGCUCAGCGGCUGCAGACAGAGCUGGAUGUCAGCGAGCAAGUGCAGAGAGACUUUGUAAAGCUUUCUCAAACCCUUCAGGUGCAGUUGGAGCGGAUCCGGCAAGCAGAUUCCCUGGAGAGAAUCCGAGCGAUCCUCAAUGACACAAAACUGACAGACAUUAAUCAACUUCCUGAAACAUGACGCCCUCAGGAGCGGGGCUCUAAGGCUGCAUUUUUUGGGUGUUUUUUUUUUUUAAAAAACCCUCAUCUUUAUAGCAAAACAUUAAUUAUUAUUUAACUCUAACUGAAAGAGUGGAAGAGGACAUGGGGGAGCAGUGGCCCAGGCUUUGUUUCUGGAAGGGGAGAAGGUUUAGCGUGGGGAGCAAGAAAUCGGUCAGAGAGAGAGAUGUGCAGGACACUGGAGGGUAUCAAAAAAGUCUGACCUCAUUCAAAGCUAAGUAAUACUCACCAUAUCUUUCCCCUUUCCUUAACCUAACACACUUCUCUUUCUCUCCUCUCCUUCCCCUGCCCAGUAAAGAAACAUAUUACUGUUACGGAAGUAGCUGCCGGAGACCGUGCUUCCCUCCGUCCCCUUAAAAUAUUUUUGAGCGAAGCCGUUGAAGUCUGCUCUCCUCUCUCCAUCCCAGCUCACACCCCCCACCCCUACCCGUGACUGAUCACACUGUAUUUAGCUAGAUGGCAAACAGGAAGAAUGGGGUAUACUGUGCUGUAUAAAUAUUUUAUAUUAAAAUAUGGAUUUAUUUGCAGGACACUGGAUCUAGGUUGGGUUCUGUAGCUCAGUGCUUGUUUUGUACCUGGUACAUUGAUGUGGUUGUUUGUUUGGAAGAGCUCAGUUGCCCUUGGAGACAGAAUGAAGGAGAAGGGUGCAAAUGACAAAAGGAACUUAAUCCAUAAAGAGAAACCAGCAUUGGAUCUGGGGAAACGUUUUCUUAAGAAGACCUGGGUUAGUUUGUUUGCUGUAAAACAGGAAAUGCACAUUUCAAACAAAAUCAUCCAUCUUCGACAAGUGGUGCUUUCAGCCGGCGACUCGUGUUCUAGCUGAGCUGAGCCCUCUGGCCCUUUGCCCAAAGCACAUUCCUCUUUCUAGUCACACCGGGGGUUGCAUGUAAAGCAUUUCCAUUCACCCCAGCCUGAGUGGUACAUUCUUGAGCCCACAGGAUUGUGUUCCAGUGAAAGCUGGUGACUCUGUACGGAUUUUUUAAAAUGAGACUUGUGUGAAAGAAAGGAUGGGUGGGGCCUUGGUGCAUGACCCAGGGCAGUGCUUGUUGCACUCCUAUCCUCACAACUAGCUGAACAGCGGCCGUGCAUUGCUGCUGGUGUGCUUUUUACAGAGGGAGCUGUGGCUGUGAAAACAUUGGCCUGCAUGUUGCCCCCCCUACCCCCCACUUUCCGUUUUCCUGCCAACCCCAAACCCGGCCAUGCAUCCUUCACACUGAUUUUCUGAAGACUGAGUCUAGUGGAGCGCAUGGGGCCUCCCUUGUCAAUCAUGUUGAGGAUCUUUGGAUCCUUGCCCAAGCAACUGUUGAGCAAAAUUCCAUUUUGUACGUCUUAUUAAUGUAAACAGGAGAGAAUUCUCUUUGAACACUUGUGUUUGGCAAAGGGGCCUCGAUUUAGCUGGAUCUUCUUGGGCUUGGACAUCUUUGGCUUUUCAACCGCAGAAGUUCUUUAGGUGUCCCCCCCACACACACUUUUUUUUUUGUAAGAGAUUUUUUUCUGCAUAGAACCUAGUAUAAUCCUCAUAAUUGCAAGCAGUCAGAACAGAAUGAAUUAGGAUCAAAUUGCUGGAAUCCACCCUCUCUUUAUAGCUGCUAGUGAAGGGGGGGGGGGGAGUAUAGCAGUAACUAUAAAACCAAAAUAACAAGGUGAGGAAAUCUGUUAGUUGUGAAGAACACUUGGGUAGUUUGUUCACAUUAAAGAUCAGAAAACAGGUAACUUACUCUAACGCAUUGCUUCCACAAGGUUUUUUUUUAAACUCAAUUACCUGGGGGGGGGGGGGGGUUCUGUAAUGAAUUUCCAGUUGUUGAAAGCCAUUGGAAGCCAACUUCUGUCCUUACAUCAUAUUCCUUUUGACGCUUCAGCGCUGCUAAAUCGUUAAAUUGAUGGAGGAGCAAAGGGUGGGUGUAGAAACUCCCAUGUGUCUCCUGUGAAGUGCCAGCAGCUUUAUUUAACCACUUGGGGCUAAAACUAAGUUGAUUGAGUCUGGUUAGUAGGGAACUGGCCAUACAGAAUAGAAUGAGAGCAGACUACAUCUUAUGAAUACAGGAACGGCUGCGGUGGCACUGGGGACUCCAGUUACUGCUUAGUAGCUAAACUCUUAUCCACUCUAACCUGAAACCCCAGGACUGAGAGGGGAAAUAGAGCAGCAAAGUUAGAUUGAAAAGCAUUUGGGGGUCUUACAUUCUGGCAACAGAGCUUGAUGACAUAAUAAAUGCAGGAGUCUAGACUGGUUAUAGAUAUGCAGGCUGAAGAAUAUUCACAGCUAUUCCAAAAGGGGAGUAUUCUGCUUGGAGUAUGAUUAACUUUCAAAGUGAAACGUGGGCUUAAAUUAAUUAUGGACUUGAGUCACAUUUCCAUUAAAAGACUUAAUUUGUACCAUCCAGCUUUACAGCUCCAGCAAUUGACUGUAACUACCACAACGUAGAGUAAAAACACAGCAACCCUUCCUGAUCAAGGACCACGGGCCUGUGUGCAAAAUGUACUGGAGGGGAAAGCCUGCAAGUUUUAACUCUGUUCUAUAUACUUGUACAGUCGAUAUGUGCAAAAAAAAAAAGAAUCUUACAGCAUGUCUGUGACCUUGUUAUUGCUAACAGUUAACUGUACCCCUUCCUUUACUUCAGUGGUCUGCCUAUAUCUUCUUUCAAGAGGAGAAAGGGAACUCGCCUAUCUAGUCCUGUUAGGGUUUGUUUGGGGGUUUUCCCUCCCGCAAAAUAAUAAAAAUCAGCCUGUUACAGUCCAAACUGAACUGUUUGGAACCAAUUCUGCAUUCCGAUGAACCAAGCUGCUGGUGUCCUGUGAAACUGUGGAUGUAGAACUCUCCUGUCUACUGAAUUCAAAAAUGUAACCAUUCGUUAACUGUAUUGGAGGUGUAUCCUUAAGAAAGUGUUCCAAAUUAAAGGAGGAAAAAAGCUAACGACAA